AUGCCGCUCUUUCAGCCUGAGCGUGUUGCUGUUAUAGGGGGCGGUUGCACGGGUAUCACGACCUUCUGGGCGUUGCGGAAUUCCACCCAUGAUGUCCAUCUCUUUGAAGCCUCGGACUCUCUUGGUGGGCGCGUAAAGGCCCUGCCUUUUGAGCAUAAUGAUCACCGAGUUGAUGUCAAUACAAGUCCUCCCACUUUCAAUGCAGGGACUUCUCACCACCUCGGGAUUACCGGUGUCAAGGCUCCGUUCUCCUUUGGGGCUACAGAUGGGAUUGACAGUUUCCAAUGGUGUGGUAGCGUACUGAAAAGUAUACUUCUUCGUCCAUGGACGCUUUGCAACUUUGAGACCUAUCGCAUACUGUGCGAUGUUAUUUGGAUGAGAUACAUGGCCGUGGACGUACUUGAUCACGGCUUUGAGGCUUGUAACCCCACCGACGCCCAGUCAUUAUCUAUGCAUGAGUACCUCGCAGGCGAAGAGUACUCCAAUAUCUUUAUCGAGAACUACCUAGCUCCACUGCUGUCCAUGCUGUGGAGCACAAAUGCGGGGAGAUUUCUGCCACGGGUGCCUGCGAAAGCUCUCGUCCAGGCUCUGUGUGAUCAUCAGCUGCUGAGGCCCCGUCAAGCCUUGCCAGACUGGCGUCGUAUCGGACCAGGGGUGAGUCAUUUCAUCCAGACCAUGACGAAAAGCUUCCCCUCCUCCAAGGUCCAUCUUAAGACCAGAGUAAGGGAGGUCGUUCAGUAUGGAAAGAAGUAUGGUAUCAUGACAUCUGCGGGCGAAGAAAUGUUCUUCAACCAUAUCGUCUUCGCCGUGAACGGCCAGGAGACUAUCAAGAUAUUGGGAACGCUCGCAAACGAGCAAGAAAAGGAGAUCAUGCGAAGCUUGGGAUCAACCCGAAACAUUUCUGUUUUACAUUCAGACCCUCUUCUCAUGCCCAACGUCGAGGACCCCGGCCCCGCCUGCAACUACAUCCUAGGCCCCAGCAACCAAGACUGGCCAACCCAACCAAGCAACAACACCACUACCACCACAUCCCACAUCUCCAGCCUCAGCUACAUCGCCAACUUCCUCGACAGCAUUCCAUUCCACCUUUUCGGCCCCAUCUACAUCACAUUGAACCCCUUCACUCCACCCCACCCAAGCCAAGUGCAAGGUGUAUGGGAGUUCACCGACCCCGAACCAAGCGCCCAGACCCUGAUAGCACAACACCAUCUCCCCUCCAUCCAGAACAAGCGUGGUCUGAGUUACGGUUUCUGCUGGACAGGACGCGGACACUUAGAAGAUGCCAUCACGGCUGGUCUUAGAAUCGCCAUUCAGGACCUAGGCGCCGAGGCUCCAUUCCACGUGAAAUUCCACCAGGAUCCUCUGGAGGCGGCGGCUUCAGGGCCCCCGGGCCUCGGCUUGAGAGAUAAUGCGAUCCGGACGAUUAUUCGUUUGGUUCAUGUUUAUGUUCUCAUUAUGAGACUCGUUUUGGUUUUGUUUAGAGCUUUGCCGGGUGCAGCUGUGAAGGCGAAGACAAGAUUUAGACCGAUGUGCAAUGCUGCUGCUGCUAGUAAGGAGAAGACUUCUUGA